AUGACUAAAAGGGUUGUGUCCUUUCUUCUUCCCUACAGAGCCUUGUCCUCCUCCACUCCUGAAACCCCCAGCCUUUACUCCUUCCUCCAGCCCUCAGUCUUUUCCAUCACCAGAAACAAGCAGCAACCCAUUUCAGAAACCCCCCCAAAGCCCCCAUCUUGCCUCUCCCCUUCUCAGCUCUCCACUCUCCAAACCAACCUCCACAAGUCCCUACUAAGCAGCAACACUGAUGAGGCAUGGAAGUCCUUCAAGGCCCUCACCACCCACCAAGCCUUCCCUCCCAAACCCCUUACCAAUUCCCUCCUCUCCCACCUCUCCUCCCUUGGUGACACCCUCAACCUCAAGAGGGCCUUUGCCUCUGCUCUCUUCCUCAUGGAAAAGAACCCCUUGCUGCUCCACCAUGACACCCUUCACCACAUGCUCCUGUGCAUGAGGGAUGCCAACACUGCUGCCCCUCCCUUUGCCCUUGUCAAGUCCAUGCUCAGGAACAGGUUCUUUGUUCCCUUUCAUGUCUGGGGUCCUGUGCUUGUUGAGAUCAGUAGGAACUGUGGUAAUGUUGCUGCUUUCUUGAGGCUCUUUGAGGAGAAUUGUAGGGUGGCUCUUGAGGAGAAGAUUGAGUUCAUGAAACCUGAUGUUGGCGCUUGCAAUGCAGCACUGGAAGGUUGCUGUUGUGAACUUGAAUCUGUAAGUGAUGCUGAGAGGAUUGUGGGGACAAUGUCAAGUUUAGGGGUUAGGCCUGAUGAGUUCAGUUUUGGGUUUCUAGGGUAUAUGUAUGCACUCAAGGGGUUGGAAGAGAAGAUUAGAGAGUUAGAAGUUUUGAUGGGUGAGUUUGGCUGUUUGAACAAGAUGGGUUUCUAUUGUAAUUUGAUUAGGGGGUAUGUUAAGUCAGGGAAUUUGGCUUCUAUGGAGGCAACUGUUGUUAGAUUUCUGAAUAAUGGAGGUGGGAAGGAUUGCAGUUUUGGUGUUGAAACUUUCUGUGAAAUGAUUAAGGCUUAUUUUCAGAAGGGAAAUAUCAAGGGGUUGGCAAAUUUGAUUAUUGAAGCUCAGAAGAUAGAGGGUUCAAAUAUUGUGGUUGAUAGGUCUAUAGGGUUUGGUAUUGUUAAUGCGUGUGUUAGUAUUGGACUAUCUGAUAAAGCACACAGUAUUCUUGAUGAGAUGAAUGUUCUGGGGGCCUCUGUGGGUCUUGGGGUUUAUGUACCUAUCUUGAAGGCUUACUGUAAAGAAAAUAGAACUGCUGAGGCUACUCAAUUGGUGAUGGAGAUUAGUAAUUCAGGUCUUCAGUUGGAUGUGGGGACCUAUGAUGCUUUGAUAGAAGCAUCCAUGUGCAGCCAAGAUUUUCAGUCAGCGUUUUCCCUGUUUAGGGACAUGAGAGAGGCAAGGAUUCCUGACUUGAAAGGGAGUUACUUAACUAUAAUGACAGGUUUGAUGGAGAAUCAUCGGCCUGAGAUGAUGGCAGCUUUCAUGGAUGAGGUGGUUGAGGAUCCUAGGAUUGAUGUUGGUACUCAUGAUUGGAAUUCUAUCAUCCAUGCUUUCUGUAAAGCUGGGAGACUUGAAGAUGCAAGAAGGACUUUCAGAAGGAUGAUGUUCCUGCAGUUUGAGCCAAAUGGUCAGACAUACUUGUCCAUGAUUAAUGGAUAUGUCUUGGCUGAGAAAUAUUUUCUCGUGCUGAUGUUGUGGAACGAGGUUAAGAGGAAGCUAUCCAUGAAUGGGCAGAAGGGGAUGAAGUUUGACCACAAUUUGGUUGAUGGAUUCCUGUAUGGUCUGGUAAAGGGGGGCUUCUUUGAUGCUGUUAUGCAAGUUGUGGAGAAAGCUAAUGAGUUGAAAAUAUUUGUUGACAAGUGGAGAUACAAGCAAGCAUUCAUGGAGACCCAUAAAAAGCUCAGGGUGGCAAAGUUAAGGAAAAGAAAUUUUAGAAAAAUGGAAGCACUUAUUGCUUUCAAGAACUGGGCUGGGUUAAAUGCAUGA